UAUGCCCUAAGUCUAGUACUGUGGUGGAUCACAAUCGCACUCAUGCAUGAAUUGCUUCAUCAUAAUUCAUACAAUAUGUAAGAGAGAAAGAUAAAAGGGGGAUGCUGAAACCGUGAAAGGUUUUGAGAAGCUAAAUAAAGAACUCAUUUUAUUGGAUACAACAAUAAUAUGAAACACGUUUUAUUUGAACUUCACGAAGCCAUUUUUAUCUACGUACGUUGCCAAUGUUAACAUGUUUCAAAUAUAGACUCCUUUAACGGUGUUCCAGCUUCUCAACAUCUUUCUCUCGUUUUCUCUCGUGCCAAAACUCAAAACAACAAUCUAUCUAUUCUCAGCUGCAUCAAACAAACUGAAAUCGUUUGUCAACUGAAACAAUCUUCAGAAAGAAAAAAAAAGGAGAGUAGUAUUAAGAUCUCGCGUUAGCCAUUCUUUUAAUAGAGGAAAAAUCAUCACCGUUUUGGAGAAACUCUUAUGCAUUUAGUUGCUCAAGGCUCUCUGUUAUUGGUUAAGCGCAGCAAAAUUCUUUGUUAUAUAAAAACUUUUAGGAGGAAUAUUAGGUUUUGUUUCCAACAAAAGAUGUUAUCAUUUCGUAUCCCAUCUCUCGGAAGCAACCCGACGGCAUUUGCAGCUAAGAUAACAGACACCACAAAGACCGUGGCACAGCUCAAAUCAUCCGCAACGCCCGCGCCUCACAGCACGGUCACGUGCGGUUACCAAGCUCACGUGGCGGGCUUCUUUCGAAACGCGACCGUUCUAUGGUCCAAGAAUCUCAUGAACCAUUCCCUCACCGUCAUGAUCUCGGGUUCGGACAAGGACACGAGCUACUCAUGCAAGAUCGAUCUCGUGAAGCCGUGGCAGUUCUGGAGCAAAAGAGGGUCCAAGUCAUUCGACGUAGAAGGAACGUUAGUGGAGGUUUUCUGGGAUCUGAGGGCUGCGAAGCUGUCGGGAAACGGUAGCCCCGAGCCGGUGUCGGACUAUUACGUGGCGGUAGUGUCAGAUGAAGAGAUUGUUCUGUUGUUGGGAGACUUGAAGCAUAAAGCUUACAAGAGGACGAAGUCGAGACCCGCGCUGGUGGAAGGGUUUAUAUAUUUCAAGAAGGAGAGUGUUUUUGGGAAGAAAACGUUUUCGACAAGGGCGAGAUUCGACGAGCAGAAGAAGGAGCACGAGGUCGUGGUCGUGACGGAGGAGAAAGAUAUGUGGAUAAGCGUGGACGGGGUCGUGGUGGUGAACGUUAGGAAUCUGCAGUGGAAGUUUAGGGGGAACCAGAUGGUGUUGGUGGAUAAGACUCCUGUGAUGGUGUACUACGAUGUGCAUGAUUGGUUGUUUGGAAGCUCGGAGUCGACCACGGCGAGGUCAGGGUUGUUUUUGUUUAAGCCUGUGGUGGUUGGAGCGAUGGUGGAUGAGUUCUUCAGCGAUGCGGAGGAAGGGGGAGAUAGUGGUGGAGGGAGUAGUCCUUUGAGUCGGUAUAAUUCGGCGUCGAGUGGUUAUGGGACGUUACAUGAGUUUUGUUUGGUUCUUUAUGCUUGGAAGCUUGAGUGAGAUAAUGUUGAUAGCAUAACAAUGUUUUAGGGCUUUCUAAUUUAAAUCUCUGUUUAUAAGUUAUGUGUAAUAGAUUUCGUGGCAAAACAUCAGACAUUCUCAUCAGGUUCAUUGAUAAAACGGUGCGUAAUCGGAUCUCAUCCCUGCGGAGAAGAACAAGACGUUUUGAGGGAGCAAUGGUGGCAUGGUUUCAAGCUCGGGAGACUUAAGAUAGGAGGAGAUGCUCUGUUUCUUAUAAAAAACAUAUUCAGCUCUAAUAUACUAUGAUUCAAAUGUCAUAGCACAAAAGUCACAUUUUGUACGUAAAACAGUUUUUUUGGUUGAAUUAAUUUAAUAUUCUUU